AUGCGCCGAUUUUGCGACACAGAAGAUUAUGGAACGGAGCAUCAAGUCGGUUGUGUGUCGCCCGAGAACAAACGCGCUCUCGCGAUCGUCCAAGAGAAAACCAGGAGAUUGGUAGUCGGAUAUGAAGUGCCGAUCAUAUGGCGAGAAGGCGAACCCGACUUGGCCAACAAUCGUUCAAUGGCCGAAAAUAGGUUCCGGAGUAUGCUGAAUCGAUUCAAAUGCCAUCCAGAAUUCGAAGAAGAUUACCGAGCAGCCGUUCAGAAGUAUUUCGACCAAGGCUAUGCUUCUCGCGUUUCCGACCCAGCAACUGCAAAAUACUUUUUAGCUCAUCAUGGAGUUUACAAAGGAAAGAAGCUUCGUGUGGUCUACGACGCAGCCGCUUCAUUCAAAGGAAAAUGUCUCAAUGAUUCCAUAAUCAGUGGUCCAGCUCUUCAACCAUCUUUAGCAGCCGUCAUCACUCUCUUUCAAGAAGGAGCUAUUGCAUGGGCCUCCGAUAUUGAAGCCAUGUUCAGCCGCUUCCGGCUUUCCAUCGAAGACCGCGAUUAUUUUUGUUUCCUAUGGCAGGAGAAAGACGACAUCGAACCAAUUGUUUGCCGGAUGGAUCGACUUCCUUUCGGAGCCAGCUGUUCGCCAUUCGUGGCCAUUUUUGCAGUGCGUCGCAUCUUGAAGGACACCGGAGUACCAGACAAGGUGAUUCGUGCCGUCGAAGAGAAAAUGUAUGUAGACGACUAUUUUGGAUCUGCCCCAUCCGUUACUGAAGUAGUUGAAGAAGCCGUCACAGUCAUGAACUCCUUGUCCGCUGCCGAUCUCAAGCUCCAAGGAUGGAUUUCAAAUUCGCCGGAAUUUAUACAGGAGGUGGUGAAGACCGACCGAGCGGUAACAACUAUACCUUCUGCCCAUCCACUCACCAGUGAGAGCACAGAAAAUGUUCUUGGCAUCAUCUGGGACACCAAUUUCGACACUUUAGGAUUCAGAGUCGCCGGAUCAUCCGAUGCAGUCCUAACCCGCGUGAGUCUUGUCAGCAAGGUAGCCGGCGUGUUCGACCCGCUGGGAACUGCUUCACCGUUAGUCGUCAAGGCCAAGAUUCGUCUAAGAGCAUUAGGCCUCAAGGGACUUGACUGGAGCGACGAAAUUACCGGAGACGACGAGAUUUGGUGGCGUAGCUGGUUCCUCGCUUUGGAACAACUGAAUAUGUUGAAGAUGCCACGAUGUACGAGCAGCGGAUUAUAG